UUCUGAGUGUGGGUGUGCGGCUUGCGCAAUAACGCGGCGUCGUCCCCUUGGCCGAGAGGCGGCAGCGGGGGAGGCCGGAGGCCAAGGAGGGUUGGCGGCGGUGGCGGCGCCGCCGGGAGCCGGGGCAUGGAGGAGCGGCAGCCCCCGCCGCCACCAGCGCCGCAGGAGUCGCUGGGGCGUCGCCUCCCCCGACUCCCUCAGCCGGAGGAAGGUAAGAGUCCCAGUCUUGCACGAGUCAAACAACAUAAACAACAUCAACAAACAACAUAAAAUGGAAGGGUGAUGUGUUGCCUGUGUAGAGCUUGGGAUAUUGAAGCACAGUGGAGAAGUGACUUACUCCUGACAGAAGUAUAUCAGAAUUAAUUGGGGUUGGCCCCUCCUGUGGAAUUGUCAGAAAAAAAUACUUUGUAUUAAUAAAGUAUACCGGUUUGCUUUUGAUGUGUCAGAAUGCUUUACAAACUUCAGUGAUUUCAGGGUUACCGAUACAGUCUUGAAAUAAUAAAACAUUUUCACAUUGGAUAAAUGUGCUCUAAAAUUGAAUGUGGUAUCAGUUAAUAUAAUCUUGCCCAGGAGCAUUAAACAUGCAGCAAAGGUUUUAGUUUAUUCUCUCCAUUCAAAACAAGAUUACUCUUUAUUUUUAAAAUAUUUCUAUCCAUCUUUUGGUCUCAAAUCUGCAAAGUGGUUAAAGAAAUAGACAUGAAGCUUGGAUCAGACAUAUUGUGAAAAAGAAUAGGCACAAAUUUCCUUCUAUCACUUUUCCAGUGUAGUCUCCAUUGGUUCUCCCCAUGAAUGGAGCUAACAUUCUGGAUUAAACCUUAAGGGCAAAUAAAAAUAAAGACACAACAGGAUAAUUUUUCAUCUCUCACUGUCUGUCUCUCUCUCAGUGGAGCAAAAUUACAGAUGAGAUCUAGAGCUCUGAUUAAUCAGCCUAGAUUUUGUUGAAAAUGCAGAGUCUUUGAUGUUUGCCAAAGGGAAAGAAGCAAUGAAACUAGGCACUGUAGCUGUGACAAACUUCCUUCAUAGGUGGCUGCCAUUGCAGUAUUCAAGUUUCUUCAGAAUGUAUACACCGCUGCUUGUUGAUCUUUCUUAAAAUUCUUAUAGACAUGUUAGCCUUUCCUAUUUCAUACUUUGGUUCUGAAGACUGCUUCUGUAAAUUGUUUAAUGUUGAAUGUGGAUGAAGCUUCUUGAUGGUUUUAAAAUAGCAUUUUCAACCUCAGUCUGGACUGGGUCUACAUUUGUAAAAUAUAUUUAACUCAGACUUGUUUCAGUUUUGACUGAAUGUAUGCAAUAUCCAAAUUUUAAGGCUAAGUGUAUCGCUUCCCUCCUGCCUUCUCUAAAGCACUUACAAUUUAUUGCAGUGAUAACAGGGGUAAACAGCCUCGCCCCUUUCAGUUGAUUUGGACUACAGUUUCCCUAAUCCCUGUUAAUUGGCCAUCCUGAGAAUUAUUCAAAAUAUUUGAAAGACACCAGACUGCCUAUCCCAUGACCUAAGUUUGAAUGCAAUCAUAAUUUGUGUCAUAGUAAAACUCAAAACUUUUAUGUUAUACAUGUUUAUCCUAACACUCAGCUAUAUGGAUCAAAUUCCUGUUGAUUGUUCUCCAGUUUGAAAUAUUAAAGUGUUUGGCAUAUGUGUGAUCAGCAUUCAGCAAACCAAGCACCCAAACAAAAAUGCCUUGUUGAUACAUGCACUAAGCUGGUGUGCCUUAGUUGCUGUAGCACAAGGAAAUCCUUGUCCCUUAAGGAUGGGGUAUGUUCUGGUGACCACACCUUUUUUAUUUAGCUAUCAAGAUUAUCCAGAAUUUGUUUGCACCUGGAAACAAAUGCAUGUGAAGAAUUUUAAAGCAAUUAUGGCCUGCAGUACCUUAAAUACCCAUUGAACUUAAAGCUUUACAGAGUUAUAUGAGGCAACAUUUUAAAUUGCAUCCUCCUCCUCGAGUUGAACCAAGAACAAUAUGUUACUUGCAACCAAAUGAGAGAAGGAUUGAGCUUUAGAAAACUAUGCUUCCAGAUUUAUCGUGUGCAUGGGAUUACAGCCCUUGAUUUGAGGCACAGAGCUGCUUUAUAAAAUGCUGCUGCUGCUGCUGUAAGGCCAUAGUAAGAGAACUGAAGUAGGAGCAUUAGUGCAGCUUUGUUGGGCGGUUUCCUCUUCUUUGAGUGAAGCUGUAAUAGCAAAUGAUCAGGACGUUUCUACCUAUAUUUUAGACUUAAAUGUCCACUAGGAUUAGUCCAUGUCAAAAAGCAUGGCUUAAAAAAAAACACUCUAGAACAACUGAUAGGAGGCUUUUGCAAUGACAUAUCCAACUGUUGCCAAACUUGACCUUAUCAAAUAUAGUUAGAGGUAAAUGAAGAAUGUGAACUCAAGAUAUACCCAGAUGAAAUUACAUGGAUACAUGAUAUUUUCUAACUGAAAUACUAAUGCUUCAAGGGGACAUGAAGAAUAGUAUUCCGAUGGGUUUUUUCCCUAAAUCUGUUUUAAUUUGUAUUUAACCUUUGGCUAUAGAGAUUAUAUAUUGAAGUACUUGAAUGUUGGGAGUUGUGUUGUCUGCGUAACAAUGAUCUGAUAGCUCUACAAAGGUAAAGGGAUUAUUGGUGUUACUACUUUUUAAACAAGAACUAUUUAAUGUCUAGUCUUUGCUUCCUAAAUAUGGUCAGUUUCUCAGUGCGUGAAAGCAUAAAUAAUUUAUAUGUGAACUUGAAUGUUCCCAGGAGGCUUUUUUCUUACACAGAGAGCUUUACUGAGUGAGCUUUCUCAUCAAUGAUUCCUUGCUUGAAGUAGUGAACCUUUCAACUGGAAAUAAAUUGCAUACAUGUGUGCACACACCCCAAAUAUGCAUAUGCAGGUUGUUUAUGAGAUCAGUUUCUUUUUUGUUGCAAAUCUGUUCAAGAAAAUUGCUUCUGAAGAAAUGGGCAUUUCAUUGUUGCAUAGUAACAUAUAGAGAGCUGUCUUUUAGUUUUUUAGACAGCCCCUGGGAUGCCAUGGAAAGCUAUGGAUAUCCUCUAAGCCUAUAAAAAGAGCUACGGGCAUGGAGAAGGAGAUCUGAUUGUGCAUCUUCCCUCCCUCACUGCUUCCAUAAAGCUUUCCUCAUAAGUCAGCCUCAUAAGAAAAGUUGGAGAGGGAGAAAAGGGGUGUAUUAUUGGGAGGAGUUUGGUGAGGCCAGUAUAUGCAGUAUUUUAUAGCUUUUUCAGUUCCCUUCCCCUCCACCAAAAGAUAAAUCAGGUAGACUGUGUCUGCGGUUCAUUUAGCUGCUUUUUAUUUUAAAUGGAAAACUGAGGAAAAAUCAUUCCCCUAUGUCCUGCAUACAUUUAGAGCUCCUGUUCUGUUGGCCCUUGCUCUAUAAUUUUAAGACAUCUAUGGAAUGGAGAACUAGAAGACUUGUUGUUUUCAGGGGUGCUGCUUGCUUUCUGUGAAGUAUUAACAGAUUGAUCUGAAGAUUACUGAAUAAAUUGUAGUGACUGUUCUUAGUUUAGGCCAUGUUGCUUUCUUCUCAUCAGGAACUGGAUAAUCCCAACAUAACUGAAGUUUUGUGACCCAAAUAAACAAUGUUAUUAAGACAGGAUGUUGUCGAAAAGUAUAUUCUUUACUAAGAAGAAAUUAUUGCUAAUUUUCAGUAUGAGUGGCCAGUAAUGAAUUUCAAAUUCAUCUGUGGAUUGUGCAGAAGCAAUUGCAUAAAGUAUUUCAGUGACUGUGAAAUAAAACAGUGAUUAGCAUAGCAGUUGGAUUUUCUUGAAUUUUUACUUGAGUUGUGUGAGCUUUUGCUUAGAAGGAAAUGCUUGGUAUAGUAUACACGUUUGCAAACAGUAAAGGCUACUUUUUAUGCUCUCCAGCAUUGAUCAACACCAAAUUUGGCUGCAACAUAAGGUGUACCUUAGCCAUGCUAUAAAGUGAGGUAUUGGUAAAUUCUUUUUUAAACUAAAUAUUCACAACUCACAAAAUACAGGGAAAGAAAAGAUGCCAUCAUUUGAAAGUAAGAGCACUUUUGUCAAUAUCCUGAAAAUGUUUAAAUGCUGAAUAAAUUCAGUUGCUUCAAGUGGGAUUGGCAAUGAAAUAUCAUGCGGCCCUACCUCUGAAUAGAAUUGCUCCUAUUUAGAGUUCCUAGCCUUGAAACAUUUCAAUCCAUCAUUCUGCUGUGUGUGUUUUUUUCCAAUUGACAUUUAACAUUCUGAGACUACUAAACAUGAUAAGAUAAUCUGGGCUGUUUGAGCUUUUCACUUCUUAAAGCAGCCUUUUCCAUCCCCCACACAUGUAGAUCCUAAUUACUGCUUGCUAGUACAAAGGAAAAGUGGCAGUAUGCUGAUGAACUCUGGCAGUGCGAUUAAAGUGGAGGCAGUGGUAUUCCUGCUGCCCUGGUGCAGUUCCAUUUCAAAUCACUGUUCCCCCUUUGCUCUAGUGAGCAGUAUAUUUGGCUUACACUAGCAGAACAUAAUUAGCACUGGGACACUACCCAUAAUAUUUUGGACUACAGCUUCCAUCAGCUCCGGCCAACAUGGGCAGUGGCCAAGAAUGCUUGGAGUUGAAGUCCAAAGCAUCUGAAGGUCACCAGACUGCUUUAGGAUUAUUGCUGUUGCUUUAAAUUACUACAAGUCUGGAGGUUUCCCCAGUCAUCCUGCUACCUUUCUCUUGUUUCUCCGUGGCCACUUCUUGGCUCCUGUUGUUACCUGAACCAUAUUUUUGGUUGGGCUUAUGCCACCACUAAAGACCACUGUGCUACCAUAACCAGUCAGGUAAAACACUGAGCUGCCUGUCAGUUGUCUCCAGAGAGAUACAGUGCAAGCCCAUGCAUGCUGUAGGUCAGCAUGAUAUGUUUUGUUUUAUGGAACCAUCAUGACAAAGUGAGUUCAUUUUUAUUCACAGGAACAACAUAUACUAUGUUUUAGGGGUAGCCUUGUGAACCCUCAUAUCUUCAUAUGCACAGAUUCUAAUUGCACUGAUAGAAUGUUAGAUUAAAGAAUUAAGAUUUCAGUCCCUUAAUAAAAUUCACUGAAACCUCAAUAAGGUGUUCUUCAAUAAGUUAUAUGUUUCAGAAAUCUGGAAUAGUUCAGGCUAAAUUUAAUUAUAUGCAACAUAUGUAACUGGACAUGUAGCUAGUGCCAUGUAUGGAAUUCCAUUCUUAUUACUACCUGCUUCAUUCUGUUGUACUCUUAUGUCCAUUCAUCACUGGGUAGUUUGCUAACUUCUUUUAAACUCAAAACAUAUAUCAAAUGCACUGGUGGCAGCUAAGGGCAACUAUAUAAAUUCAGUGUUAUUUUAAGAACUUCCUCCUGCAAAGAAAAAACUAAGCAUAUUAGUCUGGAAAGCAUCCUGUACAUGACACAGUAAAGAUAGCUUGUCAAAGCAGGUGGGUGCAAGACAAAAAUAAAGUACAGUGAUUGUGCUGGGUCUAUCAAAUCAGUAUUUUGACAUUUUAGGAGGUAAUUUUUUUCAUGUCUGAAGCGAAUAUGACUGUAAACUUUGGCCGGACAAAUUGUGAAUAUGGCAGUGAGCAAAACACAGAAAUAAAAACAAUACGGCCUGUGUGGACUGGGAAUAUCCAUCUGUGUUUGUGGUCUCUUACUAUUUGGAGAGAAACUUAAGUGUUGCAGGUGGACAUAAACAGGAUCGAGAUUUCUGAGAGAAAGGGAAUCCUUGCAGCAUCUGAACUGUAUAUGCAUAGUCCCUGGUUACCCACAGAAGGCCCUAUGCAGCCAUAAGGGCUGUAGAACCUGUGCACUCUGACACACAGGCUCCCCCGUUCACCUGCAUCUACAUCUAUACAGGAUCUCAUUUCGAGGAUUUCCAGACCCACAGAAGCAGAUUUUCCAGGAUUUCAGGGAAGUUGAGGAAAGGAAAAAGUGGGGAAACUGUUCUGUGAACUCUGCUUCUAUCCUGCAAAUACAAUUAACUUCCAAGCCAAAGUAUGGAUAAAAUGAAAGAAUCUAGAUUAGUGGGCCCUGAGUAAGAGAGGUGUUGCCACAUCCAUAUUUUUCCAUUGAGGUUUCAGUUAAAAUACUGAGUGUGUUAAAUUCUCUUUAUUGAAUAACUUGUUUGCUAGCACUGUCCUGAUGCUGUACGUAGCCUUAUGUCUCUAGAUAUGUGCUGCAAGCUUAGCAGAAAUUCUGCUUUUCCUUAGAGGAGAAAAUGCUAUUGUAGACAAUGCUUUAUUCUAGUAUUUCUCAUGAAAUAACCAAGUGCUGCUAGGAGAAUGGUUGGGCAUUAUCUGUUUUUUUGUGGGGAAGCAUUUGUAGAAUGAUGGGGGGGGGUUUCUUCCCAUAUUGUUACAGCUGUAUUUGUUAGUGCUAAAACUGAAUAAAUGAUUGCUUCAGAAAACAGCUUGAAAGAGAAAAUACUUAAAAGGAGAGGCAGUUUUGUAUUUGCCAUUAUGGUUUAUCAGUGAAACUUCACUACAGCACAUCUGUUUUUGAAUAAUUUGGGUAUGUGGAAGGUUCACCUUGCAAUAUCCAGAUGUUGGCUGCACCAGUUUUUAAUGCUAGUUCUUCAUGUCCACAGAGACAGAAUAGGAGCAGACCCAUGGAAACUGUGAUUCAGCAGAAUGUGGAUGGCAGCAGGUGCAUGGAAGUCAUUGUAUUUCUCUGCUUGGUUGCGGUUGGUGAUACUGAAGCCAGCCAUAACUUGGAGCUUAACACAGUGUUUGGCUUAAAGAUGCUCGAUAUAUUGCAUUCUCUUAUUGUAUAAGUUUCUGUUGUAACAUUGCCUGACUUUUUCUUUCCCAAGCUGCUGUUUGACAGAGGAGCCCCACCAGCCAAUCAUGUUUAAGGAUAAGUGGUGGAGGUAAGUACCUUCUUUCCUAUUUUAAAGUAUUUUUUUCAUUCUUGAAAGUCUCAUAAAUGGUAUUCCAGUUGAAAGAAUACUAGUUUUAAUGUUCAUAAAUAUGUUGCCCAUUGGCUAUACGGAGUUCUUCAGUUUGUUCCAUCUUCUGGAUUAAAUAGAAUGUAUGCUGCUUAUUAAAAUAAACUUGCACAUAUUGUGGUAUGAAACUUGCUGUCUGUGUUGUUACCGUAAUAGAAUAUUGUAAAACAUUCUACAGAAAAAAGUUCUGUACCAAAAAUAUUACAAUAUUCAGAAUGUGAGGGGAAAAGUAGGUAAACGCAAAUAUUCUGAGAACAUGAGAGUAGUUCUGACUCACACUAGAAAUAAUUUGCAGAAGCUGGCUUUGGUUGCCAUUUGGUUCAUUACCUACAAAUGCAGUGCAUUUUCUUCCAGCAUGUGGUGACUCUUGAAAUAACUGCAUAGUGAGAGCCUUGUAGAAAAAUGUUACAUGGAAAGAACUGUAACAUUGACCACAGGAUCUAUUGUGCUUUCUCUCAGGCUGGCAAUUUGCACUUGGUUAAUCUCUGGUACGUAUGGGGAGAGUUUUAGACAUAUAUAUGUGAUUACUACUCAGGCAUUAAAACCUUCACCUUACUUGAGACCUAUUACCUUUAGCAAUUUUUUUAAUUAGGGGGGUUAAAACAUUUCUCUCCAAUUAUGAGGAGGAAAUCUGCCAGUUUUAGAAGUUUAAUAGUAUUAGAUUUGGAUUAGGAAGUCUGCAUGAUCACAAACAUAGAGGCUCAUGAAGCCCAUGUUGCAACUGAAUGCUACCAUUUGAGAACUCUCAAAUCUUUCUAAUGCCCCAUGCAUAAUACCAAUCAUGAAAUCAAGAAUAGUUAGUUUGUGGAUGAUGCCCUGUUUACAUUUGAUGGUAAACUGAUGCUGAAUUUGAUAUAGAAACAGGGAGUCAGAAGGGGUCUCCCAGGCCAUCUAGUCUGACCCCUCGUUCCAGCCAGCUCUGCUCAUGUAAUCCCCAAAAUGUGGCUGUCCAAUCCUUCCUUGAACACCUUCACCAAUGGGCCUCAAUCACCUCCCUUGGAAGUCCAUUCCAUAUCUUGAAGAUCAGCGUAUCCAACCUACGAACUACAUAAUUCUGCAUUACUGAGAUUUCCUUAGACUUGAACUGAUACUUUUGGAUGCUGCAUACACAGGUCUAAAUCAGGCUAUCAAGUGAGUUCAGGGAUUUUCUAUAGAGUUAUAGAAAUUCUCAAAAUUAGUGAUAGCCUUUGAAAAGUACAUAGAUAUGGAACCCUGCUUUGUGCAUUGCAGUGUAAUUUUAAUAUAGUUUAAUCAUCUUACAUAGCUUAUGAUGUGGUCCCAUGAAUCACAUAACAUCUGAAUCUCUCUGCACUUCUUCAGCUUCUCCUUCCUGGGUUUUGGGCUCAUGAAUGGGGAUACUAGUAGUAUCUAUUUUAGGAUUGAGUUCGUUUCAGUAUAUCCAAAUCAAUGGGGGAAAGUGUUCUAUAUUUGGGGUUAUUUUUCUUGAUCCACGGUUGUCUUUUUUCUCCUUAUUUGUGCCUUUGUAAAAUGAAUGUAAUGUUUAUUAUAAUUAAACAUUAAUAACCAUACAAAAUGGGUCAUGGAAGUAACUGCUUAUUGUUAGCUCUGUGCUUCACAGAAUUAUAUCACUAUUCAUCAAGAAGAUGGUGUAUAUUUACGUAAAUUACUGAUACGAAUAAAUGUUAGAGGUUUUGGUUGCAGAUUUAACCUCCCAAAUAUUUACUACCCCCUCACUUUUUAUUGCACAACGUGCCCAGAAUGGGUGGCAAAGGGGCCACUAUUUCUGUAUUGGUAAAAUUUUGUUUUAUCAGUAAUGUCAAGGCCUAAUGUUUGAAAUAUGGUCUAGAUCUUUUUCUCAUCAGUUUGGGAAAUCUGGUCUAAAAGUUUCUCACAAAACAGGAAUUCUGAACUAGAUCCAAUAUGUGUGGGCAUCACAGAGAUCUGCUGGAUAUUUUCUCCAAUUUAAAUAUGUUCAAAUGUUAAAAGACUUAUUUUAAGAGUGCUGCUUCUGCCAAGACUGAAAAUUUAAUUGUAUGAGCUGGUUUUCAUCUUGCACAGCUUUUGCAUGUCAUCCCUCUCACCACAUGUGAAAUCCUUCUGCACUUACUGUUAUCCUCAGAUAAUAGUUCCCUUCUAGGGGUGUUGCUUUAGAUUCUCUUGCCUACUUCCCUGCUUUCAUUCUUGCAGUGUAUAAUGGCUUCCCUGUUCCUCCUAUAUGAAGUUAUAUACUUCAGGGAUCAAGUUUUAAUAUCUGCUCAUAUAACACUAAACUAGGUUUAGUUUUGUUAUUCUACCAUUUGCUGUUGCUUAAGUCUAAACAUGACUUUUAAGGCAUUUUAGCUCAGAGAGCUUUUGUUUGCAUUCUUGGUACCCAUAAGAUCUUUUAGCCCUGACGACAUGGCAUACUGUCUCUGCUCAAAAGCAGAUAUUGUGCGUUUUUCUAAAACGUUUGUGGUAAUGAGUAUUUAAUUGGAAAUAUAGAGCUGUGUGUCAGGUUACAUUGGUCUUGCUUUGAAUACCAUGGUGAUGAGUGCUAUAUUGAGCAUAAUGGGUUGCAAGGCACUUCUGUAAUUUGAGUUAAGGAAGAAUAAACUAAUUGCAUGUUUUCACGUGGAUUAUCUUAAUCUGUGCAUGAUUUUGUAAUUUUUUGGUUUUUUUGUUUUAACAUUAGAUAAGCAUGAGACCAGCGUGGCACAGCUGCAUGUGUAUUCACUCUUGAAGCAAUUGCACACUUUAUUGGCUGACAAUCUUGGCAUUUUUUAGCAAAACAAAAAACAAAAUUUAAAGACACAGGACAUCUGUGUUUGAUUUGUCAAAUAAACUCGUUGGGUGUCAUCUGAUGGAGCCAUCUGCUGGUGAACAACUCUAUGAUGACCCCGACCUUGGAGUCAAGUCUCAAGAUCCAGAGGCCAAAAGGCAACAUGAAUCAGAGCAAAAACUGUCAAAAAUUACCCACAAUGCCUUUGAGAACAUUAAUGUGAUUGGUCAAGGCUUGAAGCACCUCUUCCAGCAUCAGCGUAGGAGGUCUUCAGUGUCUCCCCAUGAUGUUCAGCAAGUUCAGUUUGAUAUGGAGCCUGAAAUGGAAUUGGAAAACCAAAACACCUGUGCUGAAAUUGAUGGUGUCUGUACCCACCCUACAGCUCUAAACAGAGUUCUCCAGCAGAUCAGAGUGCCACCUAAAAUGAAGAGAGGAACAAGCCUCCAUAGCAAGCGGGGCAAGUCAGAUCCACCGAAAGGAAGCCCCCAGAUCAACAGAAAGUCUGUUCAGGAUAUUCAUUCAGGUCGACCCAGAUCCUCAUCAACUACUGAUGCCCCUACUAAUUUGACAGUGCUGGAGAUGGCUGCUUCUGUUUGCCAAGCAGGUGAAGAGGUUGCAUCGGCUGAGCGGAUCGAGCGGUUAGAUGUAAGCAGCCUAGCACAAACGUCUAGCGCAGUGGCCUCAAGCAUAGACUGCAGCAUCAAUGCAGACUCUGUUGAUGGAACACCAGAUCCUCAGCGUACGAAAGUGGCCAUCACCCACCUGCAGCAGAAAAUACUGAAGCUGACAGAGCAAAUCAAAAUAGAACAAACAGCUCGGGAUGACAAUGUGGCAGAAUAUCUGAAAUUAGCCAAUAAUGCUGACAAGCAACAGAGUGCCCGCAUCAAACAGGUCUUUGAAAAGAAGAACCAGAAGUCUGCCCAGACAAUCCUCCAGUUGCAGAAGAAGCUAGAGCACUACCAUCGGAAGCUACGAGAGAUUGAACAGAAUGGCAUCCCUCGACAGCCCAAAGAUGUCUUGAGGGAUAUGCACCAGGGGCUAAAAGAUGUGGGAGCAAGGGUCACUGGAUUCAGUGAAGGAGUUGUAGAUAGUGUUAAAGGUGGACUUUCCAGUUUCUCCCAAGCAACCCAUUCAGCAGCAGGUGCUGUCGUCUCCAAACCCCGGGAGUUUGCCUCGCUCAUUAGGAACAAGUUUGGGAGUGCAGACAAUAUUGCUAAUCUGAAGGAUGCUUUGGAAGAAGGUCAAGAAGAUGGGAGUGGGGGAAAGACUUUAGGCAUUCAUAACUUUCAGUCAAGUCCAAAAUAUGGCAGUGAGGAAGAUUGUUCCAGUGCCACAUCAGGCUCUGUGGGGGCCAAUAGUACCACAGGGGUCCCUGUGGGAGCGUCAAGCUCCAAAACAAACACUCUGGAUAUGCCAAGCUCAGGUUUUGAUACAAUACUGCAUGAGAUUCAAGAGAUCAGAGAGAUGCAAGCACGACUGGAGGAAUCCUUUGAGACCCUCAAGGUUCACUAUCAGAGGGAUUAUUCCUUGAUAAUGCAGGCUCUGCAGGAAGAAAGAUACCGAUGUGAGCGGCUAGAAGAGCAGCUGAAUGACCUGACUGAGCUCCACCAAAAUGAGAUUCUCAAUUUAAAGCAGGAGUUGGCCAGCAUGGAAGAAAAAAUAGCUUAUCAGUCGUAUGAACGAGCCAGAGACAUCCAGGAGGCACUGGAGGCAUGUCAGACCAGAAUCUCUAAGAUGGAACUGCAGCAGCAGCAGCAGCAAGUUGUCCAGUUAGAGGGCCUUGAAAAUGCCACUGCCAGAAACCUCCUGGGCAAAUUAAUCAACAUCCUCUUGGCUGUCAUGGCUGUUCUGUUGGUCUUCGUCUCCACCGUGGCCAACUGCGUUGUCCCCCUCAUGAAAACUCGCAGCAGGACGUUCAGCACUUUACUUGUGGUGGUCUUCAUUGCCUUUUUCUGGAAGCACUGGGAUGCCAUUACAGGCUACUUGGAACGGUUUUUUUCACCCCCUAGAUGAUAUCAAGAAGAACUGGCUGUUGCCCCACCCACUCCAGCUUGCUCUGGCCAGUGCGCGUGGCAAAGCUUAGUCAGCUACUCCUUCCUCUGCUGAAGUUUUAAAGGUGUCAGAGUGUGAAUUUGUUUACAGCUAAAAUAACGUUUUCUCUCUACGAGACACAUUGGCAAUAGCGUUUUUUAGAUUUUAUUCAAGAGCUCUUUUUUGGCAGAAAUCCUGGAUACUUUUUAUGUAGCAUGGUUCUCUUUGGAUGCAAAUCUUAAUAUUCCUUAAGUGUGUAUAAAUAAAACACCAAUUUGGAGCACACCAAUGGGCAAUUUAAAUUAUGGCUCAAAACUGCUGUACUAAACCUGUUGGGAAGAGGAAAAGACAAUUACAUAAAGCAUAAAAUUAAUCUAGUAAACAGCGGUACCGUGAUGAUCCCAUAAUGCUACUGUGAAACCUAACUACAUUCCAUGUCCGAAUGUAAAGCUUCAAGGUGGCUUUCUCUAGUUGAAGACCACUGUAAUGCAUGGAACUCCUUGGAUCCGUUGCUGGGUUUGCUGCUUCCACUAACCUGGCAUCCACCGUUUUUCUAUAAGGCCAGUUAAACUUUUUGGCUUGGUAUAUGAAGUGGAUGAGUUACACCAUACACAGUUACUGCACAGUUGUACUACAGUAUUUUGAAGUAGCCCUUUAAAUACUUUAAGCAAAAGCCCUUGGUCGCACUUUUACUGUUUUUUAAUAUAUGUAUAGUCACAGAUUUUAAAAUCCAAAUGGCAUACUUGAAGAGUGUAAUACUCAAACUCUCAGUGCUUCCUUAUUGUUUCUAAUAGGAUUUUUUAUUAUUCUUAUUGGGGGUUAUUUUUGAACCUAGUGGUUGGGAGGGUCAUCACCUUUUCCCCUUUAAAAUAAAGAAGUGAUGUUCUUAAAUGAAGAUAUGUGUGAAUAAAUGUGAGCUGUCUUGUCCUGAAAUAGUUCUGAGGAGGGCAGAAAAUAGCUUCUAGUGCAUUUAAAUGCAGACCUAUACAGAUGUAUCGGUGUCCUCCUUAACUUACAGAAUGAUGCAGCAUCAUGAAAAGAGAUCCCCUUUCUCCUCCUAUCAGUCUUCACAUAGUUCCUUUUUAUUUUAUUGGGAAGGGAGCAAGGAGUGUUGAAAAACUCUUCCCUGGAUCUGCUGCAUCUAAACUUGAACAUUUGCAUGAGGGUAAGAAAAUCUUUGUCUGAAAGGUAAUUUUUUAACAGCAACUCAGUGAGUGAGCUGAAGUUCUGUUCUGAGAAAAGCAACUGGUACUUGGCCAUCUUGAUCUCACUGAUAAUACAUAGGACUUAAACUUUCCAGUUUAGGCUCCUGAAUACCAAAGUUGGGAUUGUAACUGGGAUAAUCUGCAUCCAGUCAACUUUGGGUCUGUUCAAAAGGUUACCUUGUGUCUUUAAGGAAUGAGUCAAUGCUUGAGGAAACAUCAGGGCAAAAGUCCAGUCCUUUAGAUAUUUGCAGUUAAUUUAUUAUUCAAAUAAACCCCUGAUAAUUGAAGCCAAAGUUGUCCUAUUAGCAAACUAACAGUUUGGUGUUUUUCAUGUUUAGACACACACACACACACACACACACACACAAACACACGGUAUCCUACAAAAUCCCGUUUGAGUUCCCUGCCUGAUCCCGUUUGAGUUUAUCCUGCAUGGUAUGUUACAGAAAGAGCCUCUUUCCCUCUGCAAAUAAUAACACUUGGUACAGCUUUCUGGGUGGCUGGUCUUACAAUACCAAGAAGUGGGGAAGACAGAAUUGCCAGUGGCUUGUGCUGCUUCCUCCUGCAACCUUGUUACUGCACAUUGCUUUGCUUCUGACAUGCAAACAGGAGUUCAUGCAGAUGCCCCCACAGAGCUUGUCCUGAUCAAGACGUGCAUCAGAAGAGAAGUGGGAUAAGGAGCAGCAAGAUGUACUUGUACUUCUGCUUUCCCUGCUUUGGAAAAAUGUGAACUGGUCCUGCGAUUAAGAAUGUCAGUUAAAUUUGUGACUCUUUGGCCAUACUGUCACGUCUUUCUGCAGCUUUUUUUAGUACAGGCCUGUAGGGCUGGUAUCUAUGGCAUUCAGAGUCAUUCUUAAUUCUAGUUUCCUGUUUUCACUGUUGAAAAGAGUGUUCUUUUAAUAUUGUGGAAUUCAAUGACUUACAGUAAUGUAUCCUUGGCUAGUGUUCUGUCCAGGACUCGAACAAUGCCUAGGUGACCUAAGAUGAUUUGGAACAGGGAAUGCAGGAACUCUUGCUGUUAGGACUUUGUUCUUUAGAACUAUGUUUCCAUCUCCUUUGCAUUCAUUAAUGAAACUUACUCUUUUGAUUGGUAUCAGCAAGCACUGGGAACUUUCCCUCUGCCUAAUCAUAAUUCAAGAGAUUCAGCAGAUUUCCAGUACCACAGCUCUUCCUGGAUUCAGAGUCAUCAUAUGAAUAACACUGAGCAAAUACCUGCUUGUCCUUCUAAGGAAAUAAACUGCCAGUUUCAACAGACUCAUGCCAAAAAAAAAAAAAAAAAAAAAUCCCCUUUCCUUAUCUAGAACCGGUUUGCUAGUGUUCCCAUUACCUUUUAUCUUGAUCUGCCAUGACAAAACUCUGUUGAGAUUAUACCUGCUGUGCAAGCAAUAUCACAGAAUCAGAACUAUAAGCACCUCACUGUCCCUCCUCCUUCCCUCUUUCCCAAUUGUUAUUAUGACAAAUUAGCUAACCAGCAAGGGCAGGCUGCUGGCUGCAACAUGAAGUGCUUAAAGUGGGUUUUUUUCCAGAAACAUAGACCCUGCUACCAUCCUAGGAUCAUUGAAAGUACAUAGAAUUCACUAUAGAUAACUUAGCCAGGGUUCAAGUCAAUAGAAAAUACAUGAUAUAUGAGCACUGUGGUAGUCCUCAACAGCUAAAGUCUAAAGGGAUGUUUUUAUUCUUCCUUUGUUCCUAUUAAAAAAUUGGCUACAACUUCUUCUGGCUAAAUAAAUUGUCUUGUUUAACCAAAGGAAAAUAAUUGAUGGAACCCCCAGUCUCCAAAACUUUUCUGUUGAAGGGCCUUUGUCUUGUCAUUACAAGCCAUUCUCAGUAUGUUUCCAGUUUUAAACAUUUGCUGUCGAUGCUGUGUAAAGUUGCAUCUAGUCUGUUGACUAUCCGAAUAUGAUUCUUGUGUUGUCAUUUUCCCUUUUUUGCUUAUAGAACAUACAUUUCCCCCUCCUGUUGGUCUGAAGGGCUGUGACUAUAUCAAACUGUUUAACAAAUGUUAACUGUUUGAAAAUGUGAAUCUAGCUUUAAAACUCCCAUUCCCUUUGCAAGUGCUGUAUUCUUUCUCUUAAAGGUGAAGCAUUCCUGGAUGUCUUCUUAAAGGCGGUGUCUGCCAAUGAGUGCAUGUGUGUGUAUGUAACAUUAUUAUUAUUAGUACUACUACUACUACUACUACUGGUAUGGCCCUCAAGUUGUGGAAUUUUCCACAAAAGUUCCUCUUUGGAUAGGAUGACAUGUUUAAUGUAUUCAUCAUAUAUCUGGUGAUCACAAAGAGGACCAAAUGUAGCAGAUUGCUUCAGUGGAAAGGAAAAUAGAUAUAUGAACACACUUUCUAUUAUUAGUAAGAUAUUUUGUCCUUUCCCUACUACCGGAAAUAUUUUUGAAAGGACUGAAGUGACUAGUUAACCAUGUUUAUAAUCUUUUUCUUCCUUUCCUCCCCUGCAAAAUGAUACUGAGUAUAUUCUGAGUAUACACGCCAUGAUGAUAUUGAGCAUGUUCACAGUAGUUACUUAAUUGGUUUAUUCCAACCUUGUGGACACCUGAGAAUCAGAUUUCAUUGGGGAGUUUUAUAGGUUGAUGCACUGGCCAAAAGGAGGCAAAUUCUUUCAACUAUUGGAGGGGUUGGACCGUGGAGGGGUAGGACCGUAGGAACAAAAGUUGCAAGCAGUACGAACAGAAGCCAACUGAUGAAGGCAGGUGGCUGGGUGCUUAUCCUGGUGGGGUCAUAUGUUGGUCCUAAGAAUUUUGAACGUGGCUAAAGAGGUCUACAUGUGUGCGUGUCAGUGUUGUGUAUGCCAGGUGGUGUUGUGCAUUAGUAGGCAACUGACAUAGUUGUAAGUGUGGUUUUUUAAAAGUAUAAAAUGAAAACUCACUUGCACGGGAUGAAGAGUACAGAAAUGACACUUGUGAAGGUAACACUGUAGUUUAUAGAUCUUUUAAGCUGCUAAUUGUUGAGAGGGAUUGACAAUUGUCUUGUCUGGUAGUCACAGGCUUGUCUGUGACACAUACUGUAUAUAAAAUUAAAUAAAAACCUCAAAUAUUAA